AUGGCUCAUAAUAGCUUAAACGUGGGUUUACAUAGGAAAAACUUUGUAUCUCCUUUAUUAGAAUAUGUUCUACAAACUGAACUUCCUAGGGUUUAUAAAAUUCCUAUGUUCACAACGUUUGCUAGUGACACCAGCGAAUCUACCGUUGAACAUAUAACACAUUAUUUGACAGAGGCUGGGGAUAUUGCGAACAAUGAGAAUUUGAGAUUAAAGUUCUUCGCAAAUUCUCUAACAAAGAAUGCCUUUACGUGGUUCACCAAGCUUGCACCGCAUUCCAUUCAACAUUGGACAAAAUUAGAGAGACUAUUUCAUGAACAAUUUUACAUGGGCCAAUCAAAGAUAAGUCUAAAGGAAUUACCAAGUGUUAAGAGACGAUCAACUGAGUUUGUCGAUGAUUAUUUGAAUAGAUUCAUAUUGUUAAAGGCAAGAUGCUUCACUCAAGUUCCUGAAUAUGUGUACCAACUUACGCUCAAAAUAUCUGUUAACAAAUCUAACGACGGGCCAAUUCCAAACUUCAGUAUUGGACUUACGCAAUUAGAGCAGGAGCAAGCAUCUGAUGACGAUAAUGGAAAAAAAAAUGGUAAAAAGAUGGAAAAGAAGCCGGAUCAGAUAAACCGUGGGAAAAGGAAACAACAAUCUGAUGACAAAAAUGCAAAGAAGAGUGGUAAAAAGAUGAAAAAGAAGCCGGAUCAGAAAAAACAACAAUCUGCUGGAGAAGAAUCUGAUGAAAGGAAGCUAAUGAAUUUAGAGUUCCCAUACUGCAUCAGUCCAUCUGCAUCAUUUUAUAGCCUAUCUGUUACGUUUGUUCGACUAGUUUAG